UUCGAUACACCUGCUAAGAAUUUCAACCAGCUUGCUCUGAUCCUCACGGUGGAAGUGGCUCGAGGCUUACCCUUGGAGAGAGAGAACGACCUGGCCCCAUCAGCGAGCCUCAGCAGGGGAAACACGGAGAUCGGGCUGCGUGAUCUGUUCCCUGUCGUUGACCGUCCCUUGUCGAAACGCAGUCUAGAGUCGAGUUUCAUUCGCACGGCAGACGCACCCGUGUCCACACACGCAGCUCCCGAGACCGAAACGCCUGCAAGGACGGCGCGCAUCACAGACCGCGAACCAAGGUGCCUUCUUCACCAUGAGUACGCGGAGAUUCUCCGAAAGGGGUACGACGGGAGUGACCCACGAGUAAGAUCUUUCAUCAACAGGCGUGGAGAAGUCAGACACUACAUUUGCUUACCCUGCCGAAUAUGCCCGACCGGUGUGCGGAUCCUCUCGCCUUGUCAUCGGAAACGGGACACCAUUUGCAGUACAGAAUGUGUCGACCCCGACUACAAGUACGACGUGGACCGACAAAUCUGCAUUCCGCAGAUUCCUUCACCAUCCACCACACCUGUUGCCUCAUUGUCAGAUACGAGAUUUAUGAUUUGGACCACGGCUGGCAACCUGUUUGUUGUAGACGAGAGCACUGGGGACAACAACAUCAAUGACCAAGUUCACUUGCCAGUCACUGCAUCCCCACCUUCACAUAAAGCACUUGUACCUCAAAUAACUCUGAUAACAGUCGGUGUGGUGACUCUCAACAUGCUCGCCAUUGCUGGAGUUGUCAUCAUGUACAAGAGAUCCAAGUGCAAAAAAUGGCACAAACGACCUCGAAGUGGAUGCUUCAAUAAUGCCUUGUCGACUCCCCGGUUACGUGCCACCCCAUCAGCAUCGCAGCCAACGUCAGUAGAAAAUCAAGUCGACAACAGGCAGAACGUUACUUCUGACGAUGCUGGUGUUAGUUCUACUUCCAGAGCGACCUCUGGAGAAGUGAACACCUCAGGUCGAUACCUCCCUCACAGUGAACUGAUCCCUCAGCGAGCAAAGGAAAGUAACUUGAAUGUCUUCUGCGAACCUGGCUACGAGCGAGGCUCUGACACAAGUUUGGCCACUCCACAGGAAGGUGUGGCCACCCGUGCCCCUGUUCAAGUCCUUCAAGGUUCAGAUCCAUAUAGGUUGGUCAUGAUCGGCCAGUUUGGCCCAGAAGGGGGUGUUCUCGCUUGCGAAGACUCUGACGUCAUUUUGGAAAUUCCACCAGGUGCUAUCCCAGCUGACCACGGCAGUCAGACCAUUGUUGCCAAAGUGUCUCUACGGCCGGAUAUUGCGGGUCCUAAACUUAAAGAUUCGGACUCCCUCUGGCUGACUCCGUUGGUGGAAUUUGAGUCCCCCGGACUAGAGAGAUUUAACAAGGAUGUCAGGAUGAGGCUUCCCCACUGUGCUCACAUGAAGCCUGGUUGGACUUUCCGUGUGAACUACACGAAUCCCACUGCUGCCACCAAUUCAAAUCCUGGUAACUUUAACCAAGAGCCAGAGAGUGACGGGGCCCUACUGCCCGAUGACGCCAAAUCACAGUCACAAUGGUUUUUUGUUGAACACAAGUGCACUCUGACCAAGUCAGGAAAAAGCUGUCGCAGAGUUUCUGAGGAAGGAGGGGACGUGACUUUCACAGUGGAUGAGAAAUACUUCAAUAUCUCAACUUCACACUUCUCGAAAUACAGCUGCUCUGGGUGUCACAAAGAACAUCCACUUCACUUGGAGGCUGUAGUUUACUGGAACCACACUAAGGUCGAAGGUCGUGAGCAAAUGGAUCUGAAUGUUUACAUUCUAGAUCCAAUAAAGGAUUCACGGGCUCAUGUGAAGGAGAACGAACGAGGCAGUGAGUGCCACACUGGUUACUACCCACUCAUCCUGGGCUACAAGAAGAAGAACAAAGAAACUUCCCCUCUUGAGAUCAGUGUCCAGGAAGAUUGCAUGGGAGACCACUGGAAGUGGAGACUAGAUACCUACAAUGGAUGUCUACCAGCUAAAAAAGUGUUUCCAAUCCAGUCGCUGAUUCGAUGUUGCUCACCAUUACUGUUCUCCCGCCAGACAUUCUCGUUCAGUCCAAAGAACCCGGCUGAAGUGAAGGAAUUGACUCUCUUCCAGGCGAUAAUCUGCGUUAAGCAGCAGAACUGGCCCAAGGGGGAACCGACACACAUCCUUGUCACUGUACCUCUGUCAGCAAAGAAACUGACGGGAUCGUAUUUGAAUGCAAGCAACAAAGAAGAAGGUGUCGUCACAGAUGCCCACAUCCAGCUUGUCGAAGAGAAACUGUCGGUCAAGAAAUGGCGGCCCUUGUACCGGAGGCUGAUGGGCGACGGUGCGGACGUCGGGAUCGAGCACAUCGCUGCCAGAUACCCCGAUAACACCGCUGAACAGAUCCACGAAGCCCUGGUAAGCUGGAGGAAGAGCCUGGGACGUCUUGCGACGCUCAGAGACCUGAUGUUGGCAUUGGAAGCAGUGGGGCAAAAAGACAUAGCAGAAGAUUUGCGGCAGCCAAAAGAGAUCAAAUACGAACUUAUCAUCCAUGACGACUCACAAUCAGUGUGUCAAGAAACUCACGUUUAAAACCAGAGGUGAAUUUCAAUAAGCAACCACCCAAGAGGAUUCAUUUUUUGUGCCUUUUAUAUAUCGUGAGAAGACAGAUGCAAACAGAAAUCCCAUCUACCCGGAACAAGUGUGACUUGAACAAGUUCCUAAAUUCCGUAGAUCGGCCAUUAAGACAUACCGAGACGGGGUCGUACAUUUCAACAGUAAAGAUGUUCUGCAUUGCUUUCAAAGCAUACUUGGUAAUGAUGGUUACUAUAGCCUACCUCUCAUAUCUGCGGGGUACACUCAUUUCAGCCACCAACCUUGGCUUAUUCUCAAUAAGCUGUUUCUGCUUAGAAGUAAGAGUCAGUGGCGUAGUCAGAGAAGAAAGAAUUGAAAUUGCCAGCAAUUUACACACGGUAUUUAGCAUCUUGUUUAAAGUAUUUUGUAAUCUCUGAGCAGCAAGUGUCAAAACAAACUAGUCCCCCAGGUUUAAAGAGGUAGUUUUAAUGGUGGAUAAGAGAAUUCAUAACUUUAGGGAUAAAUGACCGUGUCUUAGUUACUUGGCUACGGUUGACACGCACGUGUUUGUGGUAGCAGUUGUAGCCGCGUUCCAUGGACUCGUGUAUAAUUUCAAGCUGGAGCCAAAUAACUCGGACAACCUAUUCAUCUUGUGAAGUUUGGUAAUGUGUUCAUGCAAAGCAUUGUCACCCUCAAGCAUUUCAACCGUUUUGGCCGUAUACUGAAGAGUUUUCAAAUUAAGUAAUUUGGCCAUCUUUAACUGAGAAAAUAACGUGAACGUCUACUGUUUUUCUAAUAUUUACACAAAGUUUUUAUACCGACUGUUCAGGACUGUUUAAUGUAUUUAUUAUAAAUUAGUCUAUUUAUGGCCGUUUAUAAAGACAUAGUACAAUCAAGAAAUGUUCACAUAUUUUUUCACAGCUUUUGUAAUAACACGGUUUUCUAUUUAAUCACUUAUGAAUUUGUGUUGUUUGGAUGAGUCCAUGAAAAUUACAGAUAGACUGAGACACUUUGUGUGAGUACAGAUUUUGUGAGUCAACCAAUGGAGUUGGGGCGUUGUAUUGAAAUUGUCCACUUGUGUCUCAGCGAUGGUUGUUUUAAUUCUCAAGAGGGGGGAACAAAAAUAUGUAUUGGUGGCGCCAAAAAGUUGGAAUUAUUUUUAGGUUUUUUUUAGGUCUCUUAAGUCUAAGUACGCUAAGUAGCUCUAUGUAGUGCGGGGAAUACAUGUACAUGUACGAGCUCCUUGCUAAACCACGAUAGGGCGAAAUUUCCGUUUAGAAACGGAGGCUCCUUUGGUCGAAACUCAACUUUGCUGGUUCACGAACGAGUAGGAAGUGCACGUGUUUCUCAGGUGGCCUUCGCGACUUAACGGGAGACUACACAUGGAGCCUUCUUGUCACUGCGGCUAUAUUCGCGUGUGCUUCUCUCGGCAUGCUGUCCGGACCGAUUUAGAGUAGGUGCCGCUCUGACGCUCGCGCCAAUCAGUCGUACCACUCGUCGGCCAUUGAUGAAAACGAAAAUUCAUCUGGAAAACUGUACCUCUGAUGUCUCUACGCAGACUUCAAUGCUUUGAUGGCCAUAAUUCAAAAGCUGGUCUGUUAAUUGUUUGAAUGUUAACGGAUCCAUUCUGUAAAUGAACUUGUCUUAAUAAAUCAGAUCAUACGACUUCUAUUCAAUGUUGAUAAGUAUAUAUAAUGUUUUGUCGAUUGUCAUUUUUUGUUUAAAAGAGUAAUAAUUAAAAUGCUCAUUGACGAUAAAAAUC